AAGAAUAAAAACAAGUUUGUUUGCCCUACUUUUAGUAUUACAGGCAGCUUUACCUACAGUGGUUAUCGCUCCCGAUAAACUCCAUCAAUCAAAUAUCUGACAUUUAGAUAUUUAUGUUUUGCCGUUAGAGUGAUGUUAUGACAUGGUUAAGGGGUUGCGGUCUGUAAAUCCUGACGAACAAAGCCUGGUUUGUGUAUAGUGUGAGGACAAGGUCUGCCUGGGACGUUUACGCAGGGCAAAAUAGCUAUGCGUAAUUUGGUCGACUAGUAUAUACAAACUAACCUGAUGUAACUAGCUAGGUAGGUACUAUAACUUCUACCUGACGAUAGCUAACUGGAAGAAAGUACCACAUGAGUGACAGCAGCACACCAUCUUGUGGACAGAAAUGAGCCAUACUACUCCGAAGGCAGUGGGUCUUGACCCUGCCGUGCUGAGAGACAAACUCUUCGAGCUAUGGAACCGGAAAGAUCUGCAGACGCUACAUUUUGCAGCCUUCCAGGGAUUUUCAAAGCUGUCAGAGCCUCUGGAGGCCUUACUAACAAUCCUGGAGAGCUGUCCAGGCAAACAGAAGGGUCGGAGCCACACCCUCGGCCAUCACAUCCUCAUGGAAUUCCAAACAUGGAUGAAAGAACAUCCUAAGGUUACUCUGAGCUCACUCUUAGAGCCGCAAGCAACGGCACUCCAGGGACGGGCUCUGAGCUUACUAACAGAUACCCAGCCCAGCUUUGUAGACAUUCUCAUAAACAUCUACCAACUCAAUUCCCUGGAUCCGGCCAUUCUCCGACUGCACAUUGUGAGGUUGCAGGCUCUUAACUGCUACAAAGAGGCAGCAGUACUCAGCAUAAAGCUGAAGUUACAGAAAGAACUGAAUAUGGAGGAGAUGUGUGUACCGCUAAUCUUGCAGAAUAAGUUGCCAUUGGCAGAGAGCUUUGUCACAGGCCACAAUCAUCUAGAACAACGACUGGUCAGACUGCUAGACUCAUGGUGCCACCCCAGCUUCAGUGUGGAAGAGAUAAGCAAGCGAUUCCCUCGCCUCUCUCUUUCCAAACAGUGCAUGGGCCAGAUCCAGCCCAAAAUGCUCACCAAACAAGUCUUUCGACUCAUGGAGAAAUUCAUCAUUGACCAAGGAUUGUGCCCCAAUGCUCUGCACAAGAGGAGAUUGGACUCUAUGCGUUUCCUCAUGUACAAGAGGUUUGUGGAGAAAAGCAUGACAGAGGAGAACUGGAGUGACCAUGUACAGUACGUAGUGGCAGAUGACCUUGAGCUACAGAUCCAAUUGGUAGAGAUGUUGGUGAAGUACUGUGGUCUUCAGAAAGCCUCUCAGUGGUCACUGAGAUACAACAUCCCCAGAAAUCGACUUCCCUGUGGGGUAUGGGAAACGCAGCAGAGUCUACCGCCUGAUCUACAACAAUUACAUCUGAGUGAUUCAGCACAAACUGAGGAGUGGAUGCCAUCUCAGCCUCACUGUCAGAAGUUCUACCAGGUGCCACUCACCAAAGACAAGGUUCAUUUUGUGGAUACGCCAGAAGCUCUCCAGAGAUGUCAAAACAUUGUGCUGAAGGAAGGUGGUGUAGUAGGAGUUGACAUGGAGUGGCAGCCUACGUUUGGCUGUAUUUCAACUCAGCAAGUUGCCCUGAUACAGCUUGCAGUUGACCAGGUUUUCUUAUUAGACCUCUGUGCAAACGGAUUCUGCCAACACCCAGACACUAUUGGUUUCAUUAGGAGCUUGUUCUCUGAAAGAAAUAUCCUUAAACUGGGUUAUGGUAUGUCAGGGGAUCUCAAGUGUCUCUUGGCCACCUGGCACCAGCUUUUAGAGGAACCAUUGAAGAUGGAGGGGAUGCUUGAUCUUCUUAGUAUACACCAGAAGAUCCAGCGUUGUAAGGUCAAGUGGACUCAAAUUCGACCUAAAGAGGUGCUUGUAGGAGAGGACUCUGCAGAGAAAGGCCUCAGUCUGAUGGUACAACAAGUCCUGGGAAGACCCCUGGACAAGACAGAGCAGAUGUCCAACUGGGAGAAACGGCCACUGCGCAUCAACCAAAUUAGAUAUGCAGUGGCAGAUGUCUGUUGUUUGCUGGAUGUGUACUCUGUCCUCUCCAGAAACCCAGCAUACUUUGGGCUACCAGCUGACCUACGCAGCAUCUCUUCAAGCCAAUCAGAGAAGAGUGGAGACAAGAAGCAGAAGGAGAAACAGGCCAAGAAGACCCAAGGCAAAGAGGAAUGUCAGGGAGCUCAAAGGGUCAGUCCCCCUCGCUCUGACACAGAGAAAGGCCUCCUGUGUGACGAGAAGCCCUUAGAAGACACCCCCCCUGUGUCCCCCCAGCAGUUGCGGGUGGUGUGUGACAACAUGCUACAGGGACUUGGGAGGUACCUGCGCUGUUUAGGAGUCGAUGUGGUCAUGCUGGAGAACACUGAUGAUCAUAGAGUAGCAGCAAAGUUAGCACAAGCUGAAGGCCGUGUCAUACUUACAUGUGGACAACCGUUCCAAAGUUUGCGGUCCCAGGUAGGUGAAGGCCGCUGUCUGUCCCUCGACUGUUCGGAAAAGGCCAGGGACCAAGCCGUUCGAGUCCUCAGACACUUCAAUGUCCAGCCCACUCCCAGCGAUAUAUUCAGCCGCUGCCAGGCGUGUAACAGCGAUCAGUACAUGGCGGUGCCCAGAAAGGACAUGGUCAGGAUGCUUAAACAGAAAGGAUUUCUGCAGGACCAUGACAACACUAACCACACACAACAACAGGAAGAGGAGAAGCUUGGUGACAUUCUGACCCCCGGUGUGACCCCUGAACUCCCCAGGUAUGCCCUUCAGUGUCACUGGGCCCCCCUUUCAGGGCUGGACCCCGACACCCUGACCUUUCCCGGGGGGGCACCCAUACAGCUCCACACCGUGCCCCCCGGCCUCCUGCCGAGGAUACCGCUCUUCUAUGUCUGCACCAGAUGUGGCAAGGUGUUCUGGGAAGGCUCUCAUUUUGGCCGUGUCCUUUCCAUGUUUCAGGAGGUCUUACACAUAACAGACGAGGACACUGAAUCAGCUGCAGCGGCCGUUACAGCAGCACAGCAGAACUGACUGCUACUACAGUUUACCUGAACCUCAAAAAACAUCUAGAAUAAUCUUUUACACAUUUAGCACCUAGCUGUCAUGAAAUCAAAUUAAAUAAAAUUGCCUCAUAUAUAAUAUUAGUUUUAUUUUUCUCUUUUUUAAUUGACUGGAUAAAAUAACAAAAGAGGCAUAAGGACUGUGAAUUUAGGAUGACAUUACAAGUGAGAACACCAACUUGAAAUUUGUAUCGCAAAUCAUUUGGAUAAAAAUUAGGUCAUAAGUAAAUAGUAAGCCCACUAGUCCUCUAUGAUAAGUGAGUUCUUUUUUUUGACACCUGCAUGAAAGGACUGCCCUCAGUUAAUCAUCUGGUAUUAAAAUUUGACAGUCAUACUAAAAAAAACAAAGAUAAUGUAAUGACUGGAUGAAGGGUUUAUUAUCAUUUCUUUUAUUAUUAUUAUCUAAGUUCUUUUUAGAUGUAUAUAGUUUUGAUGGUUUUAAACCUUUUGUGUUUGUAAGAGUUUAAAUCUCAGUGAACCAAAGACAGUGUUUGGACUUGGUAAUUUUUGUUGUUGAUUGUAUUCACUGUUAUACCAUGGCACAUUCAUGGUGAUUAUGGUUUGGAGCGUAUUGAGAUAAUUUGAAUUGUACACAAAUGUAAUACAUUUAUUCCUCAAGAACACUUUGACUCAGCAGGGUAAAUAUAUCAUCAAACUAGAAAGCGCAUUAACUAAAUAUGUGCAUCAACGUUAAGUUUGUUCCAUUUAACACUUACUGGGGUCACAUUUUGUGACAACUCUUUUUAAUUGUUUUGAUUUAAAAGCUGCAGUUUAAAUGAUGACAGGACUCUGUUCCUUGGCCUUUUUAACAGUCGGUGGUACUGUAUAUAUUCAUUCUCUGUGACUACAUUUGUAUAACGUUUUAAUUAUUUAGCUGAAAGCUGAAUAUGUGUUAAUAAACAGAUUUUCAUUUCAUUUA